AUGCGUGUGUAUAACAGAGUUGCUAACGAUAAAAAAGAAUGUUUGACUGUCUUAGUCAACGUUUCUGCUGGUGGCGAAAUCGCCCCACCCAUGGUACUGUAUCCAUACAAACUACUCCCAAAAAACGUGGCACUGACUAUACCGCCUGAAUGGGGUGUAGGAUGCACGGAGUCAGGGUGGAUGAACAUGGACGCCUUUUACGAAUACGUGGUGAAUGUAUUUUACGAGUGGCUGCUGGAAAACAAAAAAAAAACAAUGCAAGUCGCUUUAUUCAUGGAUGGCAACACCUCACACAUUUCGCUGCCACUAAGUCUUUUUUGCAAAGAAAAAGGAAUAAUACUGGUAGCAUUACUACCAAAUUCGAAUCAUUUACUCCAACUACUGGAUGUCGGAGUAUUUCCAUCAGUUAGGGUCACGUGGAAAAAUGUUGUGCACGAGUUCAGAGUAAAAAAUAAUCGCGCCAAAUUAAAACGCGUAGAUUUCGCUGGAGAAGUAAAAAAAUGCUUUGAAAAAAGCCUUAUAGCAGAUACAAUCAAAAACAGCUUUAAAAGCGCUGGAUUAUUCCCAUUCGAUGCCAACAAUAUUGAAUUUUCUAAGGUCAUGCGUCAAACAUCAGGCAACAUUAAGUAA